GCGAAACAAAGAAAGGUGAAGGGAAGAAUUACGGGUGGAACGAAGAAGAAUACACGGCAUAGCGGGUAGCGGUGAAACCAGUUAUAUUUUUAUUGUCGACUGGCAUAUUUUGCGAAGCUGGUCGCGACGAGUGUGUUUGACGUUGAGGAGGGAACACCGAAGAAAUGCCUGAAAAUGUCGGGUAAAAGUGAAACUCGGUGAUUCAAGUCGGACGGAACGGACGGUGAAGGGAAGUGGAAUUUCGGUGGAUUAUUUCGCGUUAUCUCCUGUAAGGUCACGACCAUUUGUGAAUCGUUCCGUUGGGUAGCUGGUUAAUUGAAAAGUGGGGAAUAUCUGCGUGAAGCUUGAUCGUACAGGUCAGCGCGUACGGUGCAACACCAAGGAAAAAGGAGAACACCGUGCUACGGGGAUACAUUGACAAGGGAACAAGCGUAUGCUGGAAAUUUUUCGAAAAAAUCUACGAAUGGAGCACGGAUUAAAGUAUGACUAGUACUGUCGAACCAUCCACUGUCAUCAAGUCUCUGGUCGACAGUAUGACAUCCACAACCACUGUCAAUGAAAUUUCCAAGGAAGCAGCCCCAAUAUUCUUGCAGACAAAAGCUGCUCAAGGUAUCGCAGGUGCAUUCGUUUGGGUCGCUUUGUUCUUAACAUGUCAACAGAUUUAUCAACAUUUGAGGUGGUACACCAACCCAACAGAACAGAGAUGGAUAGUCAGAAUUCUGUUUAUAGUUCCAAUAUAUGCAACUUACUCUUGGGUCUCUCUAUUAUUUUUUAAUAGUGAAAGCUAUUAUGUUUAUUUCUUCACUGUGCGAGACUGCUACGAAGCAUUUGUUAUAUAUAACUUUUUGUCUUUAUGCUAUGAGUACCUCGGAGGUGAAGGAAACAUUAUGUCUGAAAUACGUGGCAAACCUAUUAGAUCCAAUUGCCUAUAUGGAACAUGCUGCCUAGUUGGAAAGACUUAUACUAUUGGCUUUCUUAGAUUUUGCAAGCAAGCCACCUUGCAGUUCUGCUUAGUAAAGCCAGUGAUGGCAUUUGUCAUUAUAUUCCUUCAAGCAUUUGGACAUUAUAGAGAUGGAGAUUGGUCUCCGGAUGGGGGCUAUAUCUAUAUAACUAUAAUUUAUAAUAUCAGCGUGUCCCUUGCACUUUAUGGACUCUUCCUCUUCUACUUUGCUACUAGAGACCUGUUAACACCAUUUGAACCUGUCUUAAAAUUUUGUACUGUCAAAAGUGUUAUCUUCCUUUCAUUUUGGCAAGGGGUAUUACUGGCUAUCCUUGAAAAAGCAAAUGUAAUUUCACCUAUAAGUUUGGGCCAAUCGACCAGCGCAGGCACAGUAUCCGCUGGUUAUCAAAACUUUCUGAUUUGCAUUGAAAUGUUGUUUGCUGCUAUAGCUUUACGAUAUGCGUUUCCUUACCAAGUGUAUUCUGCUGGAUGCGUUACAGAUUCAAGAGGAAGAAGUGUAACCAUGCAAAGCAUUAGCAGCAGUUUAAAGGAAACUAUGAAUCCAAAAGACAUAAUGACUGAUGCCAUUCACAAUUUUCAUCCACAGUAUCAACAAUACACUCAGUAUAGUUCUGGAGCAUCCAAAGGACAACGUGGUAUGCGGAUAUCCAGCUUCGAUCCGGACGAUCCACAGAACAUGCCGAUACCACCGCCACAAAGACGACACACUUCUCAUCAACGUGUUGCAACAAUCUCACAAAAUUACAAUGAGAAAACGAUGUUGUUAAGCAGUGACGAUGAAUUCCAAUAAAUUCAAAAACUAAUUGCAUACGCAAUGGAAAAAUAGAAACCGAUGAAAACGAACACUAUACUAAACGUUGGACUUUCGUGAAAAAAUUAUAAAUGUUUGGUUUUGAAAAAACGCUACCAUAUACCGUUAAAUUGAUUGAUUGUACAUCAUUAGGUAGGAACUUGACUCGCUCACAAAAAAGAA